UCCUGGGAAGAUUCAAUUGCACGCGCUUUAAUGAUGGACGCGUGUCAUCUGCAAGUGGAAAGAGAAAAGGACACUAUCAUUAUAAUGAUGAUGAUCCAUUUGCUCUGCCUGGCCGGCCAGGGAAGCUCAGUAUAGCUGCCCUAUAGUCAAUUCGUCUUGACUGUGCGUGUCGGUAUAUAGCUCAGACGUGUCUUAUCUUCACCUCAUAAUGCGCAGGCGUGAUCCUAUCUGAGCCCCGCAAAAAGCUGUUUCCACCAGAACUGCGUCGUGCAUGCGCGCUGAUCCUCAUGUGGGGCUCAAACGAAUGAUAAAAUUGUUAUUUUUGGAGGAGGGUUUUUUUUUUUUUGGCAGCGGGUCGUCUUCAAAGACACUCGGGAAAUGAAGACAUGCUCGAUCAUAGCUGAGCUUCCCAGACAAGCCGGUCCAACCUGUGGAUAGAGGAGCGCGUCUGCGGCCAGCGGCCAAGCUUUUCCUCUUAUCUGGGACGCUCAGCUCAGUCUCAGCCUCCUCCAGUCUACCUGUCUGGGUCGGCGUGUGUAGAUCCGGGGGGGCUUCUGUCGGCUCCAAAGCUGUGUGCAGGAAUUCAGUUUAUGAAUGGCACUGACAUGGAGGAAAUACCGUUUCAGAAAGUCAAAACCAGGCGGAAGAGAAGUCACUGUCCCCCGGGCGUCCCUCUGACCACCAUCGUGUGCGAGGACGAGUUCGACUGCAAGGAGCUCGAGUCUCUUUUCCAGAACUACAACCUGAAACUGGAGCAGACUUCCACCCUCAAAGCCCUGGCGGUGCUCAUCUUCAUGUCCUCGACCCUGGCCGUGGUGGAGUUGCUGUCCGGCCCCAGCCUCACCAUCUCCAAGGGCUCGCACCCGGUCCACUGCGUGGUCUUCGUGUCCCUUUUCAUCGUGACUAACGUCAAGUACCUGCAGGUGACUCAGCUGCAGCAGAUCGUCAACCUGACGCUGCUUUUCGGCUUCACCUUCUCCUUCCUGUGCUGUCCCUUCUCCCUGGGCGCGAUGGGGCUGGAGCCCCCCACGUCCCCGGAGCAGGGCGUGUGGCAGCUCAUCCUGGUCACCUUCGUCGCCUACGCGCUCCUGCCGGUGCGGACGCUCUUAGCGAUCGUGUUUGGGAUAAUGGUCUCCAUUUCGCAUUUAAUUGUGACUGCCACUUCUGUCACAGUGAAAACACAGAAACUAUGGAGAACGUUGGUUGCCAACACAGUGCUGUUCACCAGUGUCAACCUGUCUGGGCUGUUUGUGCGCAUCCUGACCGAGCGAGCCCAGCGGAAAGCCUUCCUGCAGGCUCGCAACUGCAUCGAGGAGAAGCUCCAUAUGGAGGAUGAAAACGAGAAACAGGAGCGCCUGCUAAUGAGUCUGUUGCCCAGGAACGUAGCUAUGGAGAUGAAAGAGGAUUUCCUGAAGCCCCCUGAAAGGAUCUUUCACAAAAUCUACAUCCAGCGUCAUGACAAUGUCAGUAUCCUGUUUGCAGAUAUAGUUGGCUUCACCAGCCUGGCCUCUCAGUGUACAGCACAGGAACUGGUUAAGCUGUUAAAUGAGCUGUUUGGAAAGUUUGAUGAGCUCGCCACGGAGAACCACUGUCGCAGGAUUAAGAUCCUGGGGGACUGUUACUACUGCGUGUCCGGCCUGACCCAACCCAAGACUGACCACGCUCACUGCUGUGUGGAAAUGGGUCUGGAUAUGAUUGAUACUAUCACUUCAGUAGCUGAGGCCACAGAAGUCAAUCUUAACAUGCGCGUGGGCUUGCACACCGGUCGAGUCCUAUGUGGUGUGCUGGGCCUCAGGAAAUGGCAGUAUGACGUUUGGUCAAAUGAUGUUACGCUGGCCAAUGUGAUGGAAGCUGGUGGACUACCAGGGAAAGUUCACAUCACCAGAUCAACACUUGAGUGCCUAAACGGAGACUACGAGGUGGAGCCUGGAAAUGGUCACGAAAGGAACCCCUUUCUCCAAAAACAUGAAAUAGAAACCUUCUUUAUUGUGCCAUCUCACCGACGGAAGAUAUUCCCAGGGUUGAUUCUUUCGGAUAUAAAGCCCGCCAAAAAGAUGAAGUUCAAAACUGUGUGCUACUUGCUAGUGCAGCUCAUGCACUGCAGGAAGAUGUUCAAGGCUGAGAUUCCCUUCUCCAAUGUCAUGAACUGCGAGGAUGGUGAUAAGCGGAGGGCCAUGCGAACGGCUCCACAGAAGCUGAGGAACCGCACCAACGCUAACCAGGCUAACUUGAUCCAGAGUAGCCCCAGAACCCGGGUCAACCGCUACAUCGGACGCCUGAUUGAGGCCCGCCAGACCGAGUCAGACACGGCAGACCUCAACUUCCUCACACUUAUGUAUAAGUGCUCUGAGCGCGAGCAGAGGUACCACCAGGUUCCUGAUGAGAACUUCACCAGUGCAGUGGUCCUUUCUCUCAUCCUAGCUGCCUUGUUUGGCCUUGUUUAUCUUCUCAUUAUACCACAGGGCACAGUGGUACUUGUCCUACUCGUCUUCUGCAUCUGUUUCCUAGUAGCUUGUAUCAUGUACCUGCAUAUUACUAGAGUACAGUGUUUUCCAGGGUGCCUGACCAUUCAGAUUCGCACUGCUCUCUGUCUUCUCAUAGUGCUCUUAAUCUACGCUGUGGCCCAGGCCUGUGUGGUGGGCUGCAUGCCCUGGAUGUGGGGUAGUGCCAACGCAAACAGUUCCAUCAUCAUUAUUGACGUGGACAGCGGCGCUAAUCACACUAUGGCAGAGCUGCCGUGUGACGGCGCCCGCUACGCCUUUCUGUCCUGCGUGGUGGGAACUCUCACCCUAGCACUUUUCCUGCGUGUCUCCUGGUUGCCAAAGAUGGCGCUGAUGCUUCUUUUGGGGGUGCUGUAUGUCACUGUUCUGGAGCUCAGCGGUUUCCGGAAGAACGCAGGUGGGGGGUCCUUCCACAUACGGGGCUAUGAGCCCAUCCUGUCUCUGUUGCUCUUUGUCAGUGCCCUGUCCCUCCACUCCAGGCAACUUGACCUCAAACUGCGCUUGGACUUCCUAUGGGCUGUACAGGCGGAGGAGGAAAGAGAUGGAAUGGAGAAAGUAAAGCUGGACAAUAGGAGGAUCCUCUUCAAUCUUCUGCCUGCACACGUGGCUCAGCACUUCUUAAUGUCAAACCCCAGAAACAUGGUGAGCCACGCUAAUACACAGGCAGUAAGGCAGACAGACCAGCAGGAUCUGUACUAUCAGUCCUAUGCACAAGUUGGUGUCCUUUUCGCCUCCAUUCCAAACUUUAAUGAUUUCUACAUUGAGCUGGAUGGUAACAACAUGGGAGUUGAGUGCCUGAGACUGCUAAAUGAGAUCAUUGCUGACUUUGAUGAGCUCAUGGACAAGGAGUGCUACAAAGAAAUUGAGAAAAUAAAAACUAUUGGCAGCACAUAUAUGGCAGCUGUGGGACUCGUGCCUACCAUCGGUACCAAGGCCAAAAAAUCAGUUUAUGACCAUCUGAGCACAAUAGCAGACUACGCCAUUGAAAUGUUUGAUGUUUUGGAUGAAAUCAACUACCAAUCAUACAAUGAGUUUGUGUUGAGAGUGGGUAUAAAUGUAGGUCCGGUGGUUGCAGGCGUGAUUGGGGCACGGCGACCUCAGUAUGACAUCUGGGGUAACACGGUCAACGUGGCCAGUCGGAUGGACAGCACUGGCGUACCAGGGAAAAUACAGGUAACUGAGGAGGUUUACCGGCUGCUGAACAGCAACUACGACCUAGUGUGUCGUGGCAAGAUCAGUGUCAAAGGUAAAGGCGAGAUGCUUACUUACUUUCUGGAGGGGAAGGUUCAGUGCAUUGGGACUGUGACAACUUCAUCGGUGAUGCGUUCCGCCAGCCUGGCGCGUAGGAUCCACUCCUGUGGUAAGACGAGCGUCCCGACCAAUCUGGGCAGCGUCUCCUCCGCCGCUAGCCUGACUGCUCAUGCCAGCAUGGGCAGCAACAUUCAGAUGAACGCUGCCAACAGCAGCAACAGCCAAGUGACAUGCCUGCCUUCGCCCUGUGUGCCCGCGCUGGGUGAGGAGGACGAAGAGGACGACAUAGAGCUUACGCAGAUUCAAAUUCAGGCUGUGGCGGCUGUUGCAGAUGUAGCAGUGUAGGAUGGAGUGCAAAAAAUAAAUAAAGUAAAGCCUGCCUUGCAGCUAGAGAGCCUUGGCCUGAAGCCUGCAGGAGUCCGGGCUGUCCAGGCAUUCCUAAUAAAUCCUGACCCGCUGACAAACCCAGGUUGGCUCAUUCAGGAUAUGAACUUCCCAAGACAUAAAACCAUGAUAUGGACAAUCAUACUUGUUUUUAAAGAUUUUUAAUCGGUUGCUACUCUUCGGAAGCAAGAGAUGUGGAUUAACGAGACAGGCACCUGCAAUCUUGAAUGCUCUUUUAACAUCUCUAUAUCAGAUUAUUAGAUUUGUAGUGUUCUUGGGUUCAUUCAGAUCCAGGUCUAAUGUGCAUCUUUGUUUUAUAUGAAGUGCAUAUUCUGUGUAUGAGGGAUAUAAUACUGAUUACGCUACUGCUUUUGCACUGUCUUUUGAUCAUGCCAAGGAUAUAUUGCAUUAUUUACAGUGUAAAAUGGUGUUGUUUCUCUUUGGUGUAUGUAAGCAUGCAUGUGUGUACUUGUAUGCGUGUGGGUGUGUCUGUAUAUGUGUGUAUGUGUGUAUGCAUGCAUGGUCAAUUCUCAGUCAUAAUGAAACAGCACAAAAUCCUUUUUUAUACCUAGCACUCACUGGAUAAAGUAGGCUUUUUAUGAUUCAUAUUUAUAGUUCAUAUAGAAAAGGACUUUUUAAGAGUUGACAGCCAUAGUAAUGACACUUUUCGAAAGGAAACCAAAGUUCAGAGCUUUCCAUAAAUCUCGAGUUUUAUUUCUUGUAUUGCCUCAACGGACGAGGAGGAAAGUGUUUCCACAGACUGACAAUAUUUGGCCCAUGUGACUCUUUCAUACAUCAUCAGUUGACCUUAAGUGUCUUUUUGAACCUGGGGAAGACGAAAUAAGGUUUCUUGAAUACCCGAUGUCCUGAUAUCACCCUGAUUAACAUCUGUUUACACAUCAGUAGUGGCUGCUUUGAUGGCAACGAGGCAAUAAGGGUCAAUAGGAGGAGCUAGUUUAUGCCAAAAGUUAACUAGUCACAAAAAAAGUAAAGAUAAACAUUUGACAAACGACCAAUACAUCCCUCACCUUGGUCACAAUAUACACUUAGAUGAAGCAGUUAAGGACAGCAUUCAUACAGAAAAAGAAAAGGGCACAAACUUGAUCAAAAGUAAAGCCCUUCCAGAAAUGCAUGACCUUUAAAUGCUCCACAUUUUCUUGAGGCCACAGAGACGUUGGUGCCGUGUCUGGCUCCUGUGUUUUUUCGAGGCAUUUACAUAGCUGUACUACUGCUUUUCACUACAUUAAAGCACCAGUAUGAGUUUCUAUAUUUACAAAAAAAAAAAGACAAGAAAAGUAAUAGCUUAAAAGAUCAGAUACCGUUUCAGAGCUACAACGCCGUUGAGAUAUCUUUUUAGCCGAUACAUUUAUGAGAGGAUAGACUUUUCACUUGAUUUGCAAAGUGUAAAUCCAUCAUGUUUCAAGUUGUUUGCCUUACUCAAUAAGCUUACAGUGAUUGCAACCUGCCUUUUUAGAUUUGUUCACUUUGAUAUGCAGAUUUUACUUUUUGUUUUUGUAAAUAGUCAAAAGCUGUAAAUUAUGUUGUAUCUUGUACAGUGUAAAGUUGGAUUAUUGAAUAUUUUAUAAUAAAGAAAA